AUGUCCGACAUCUACCGUGCCAGCACCACCGCGCCCGUCAACAUCGCCGUCAUCAAAUACUGGGGCAAGCGCGACCCCAAGCUCAACCUCCCCACAAACUCCUCCCUCAGCGUCACCCUCUCGCAGAACGACCUGCGCACGCACACGACCGCGUCCUGCUCCGCCUCCUACCCCGCCGAGGACUCGCUGCUCCUCAACGGCAAGCCGCAAGAUGUGUCGGGCGCCCGAACACAAGCCUGCUUCCGCCAACUCAGGGCGCUGAGGAAGGACGUCGAGGCCAACGACUCGAACGCGCCCAGGCUCGCCGACCUGCCGCUGAAGAUUGUGUCCGAGAACAACUUCCCCACCGCGGCCGGGUUGGCUAGCAGUGCCGCUGGCUUCGCGGCUCUGGUGCGCGCAAUUGCGAACCUGUACGAGCUGCCUGCAGACCCCACCGAGCUCUCGCGCAUCGCUCGUCAGGGCUCUGGCUCCGCGUGCAGGAGUUUGUUCGGGGGAUACGUAGGAUGGGAGCAGGGCUCUGCCGCAGACGGCUCGGACAGCAAGGCCUUCGAGGUCGCUCCCGCUAGCCACUGGCCGAACAUGCGCGCCGUCAUCCUGGUCGUCAGCGCGGCGAAGAAGGACGUCUCCAGCACAAGCGGCAUGCAGACCACUGUCGCCACCUCCUCGCUGUUCGCCUCGAGGGCGAGCGAGACGGUCCCCAGGCGCAUGAAGGAGAUGCAGGAGGCUGUCGAGAACAAGGACUUUGAGACGUUUGCCAAGGUCACCAUGAUGGACAGCAACUCUUUCCACGCCACCUGCCUCGACACCUACCCGCCCAUCUUCUACCUCAACGAUGUUUCCCGGGCGGCCAUCAAGAUGGUCGAGCACAUCAACGCAGCUGCUGGCAACAUCAUCGCAGCCUACACCUUCGACGCCGGUCCCAAUGCCGUCAUCUACUACCUCGAGGAGAACGAGAAGCAGGUGGCUGGCGUCUUCAAGACCCUCCUGGCCGACAAGGAUGGCUGGAGCGGUGAGCGUGGCGCCAAGGUGCAGGGCAACUACGAGGCCGCCGAGAAGGCCAACACCGAGGCCGAGGUCGCUGUCGGUCUGCUCAAGGACGGUGUCAGCAGAGUCAUCCUGACUGGCGUUGGGGAGGGCCCGCGAAGGACUGAGGAGAGUCUGAUCAACGAAAAGGGCGAGCCAGUCUCAGUUCUGUAUUAA